GUCAUUACUGUCGUUUUUGUCAAUUUCCUAAUUUGUUAGAGCGGUAAAUUUGCAUGUCUAUUGUUUUUAUUUUAUCUGAUUUUAGAAAAAUUUAAUAAUUCAAUGCUCACCAGCAUGAACAAUAUGUGAAGUGAAAUGUGAUUGUUGCACAUUUAAAAUGCCAGUUCUAAAAAUUGAUCAUAUCGUUAGUUUUAGUAGUGAAGAUCCCGCGCAUCCAGCUAGCAAUAUUCUCGCCAGCGACAAUACCAAAAAGUGGAAAUGCAGAACGUCCGGCGAGAAAAACGCCGUAGUAAUUCUGCAACUAGAAAAGGCCAGUCAGAUCAGUGCUAUCGAUAUCGGCAAUCAAAAUUCGGCCUAUGUAGAAGUCCUGGUGUCUCGUACCGGCUCCAGCGAAGACUACAAAGUCCUUCUAGCUGCUUCGUCGUUCAUGACUCCAAUUGAAGCUCGCAGUAGCCAGAACAUGAAUAAAGUAAGAAUGUUCACCAAAGAGCAGCUUUUAAAGCCUCAAGUGGACGAGAAAUGGGACAGAGUGAAGAUAGUAUGUACACAGCCUUUCAACAAGCAUUGCCAGUAUGGUUUAGCAUUUGUGAACCUAGUGAGCUUUGAUGGAGGUGAUGGAAACAGCAAAGCUGCUCCUGUUCAACAAAAUAUAGGGAAGUUUGCACUGAGGCCUGAAUCACCAGAUGAUUUUACUGCUGGGAGCCUAUUUGCUAAGAGAAAGGAAGUGAAGCAAGAACAGAAACUGACUGGUGCUGCUGCCAUAAGGGAAGCUUCCUCUAGCUCAUCAUUGGCUUUACAUGGGUCCCCAGUAUGCAAGCCAAAGUUGAAGACCAAGGAUUUGACUCCUGCAAGCAAAAAGGGCACAGGAGAUAGUGCAAAGGGUACACCAAAAGAUAAGGAAAAGGGUACACCAAAAGAUAGAAAUAGAAAUGAACUGUUUUAUGAUGAAGAUGAUGAGAAACCCAAUGAAAAAAUUGACAAGGUCAUUAAAAAAAAGGCAGAUGAGGCCAAGCAGAAAGAGGAGGUUGAAGAUGUCAAGAAGAAGCAAAAUUUUUGGGAUAGCAAAAAGAAAGAUGCCAGUCCAAGUACCUCAAAGGUGAAGGUGGCCAAAGUAGAGAGUCCCAAAAAGGAAUCCAAAAGGAAAAUCAAAGAGGAAACUCCAAAAGCAGUGAAAAAGAAGAGAGUGGAAAAAGAGAAACCUAGUAAACCAUUUGAGAAACUGCUGGAUGGGGUGACUUUGGUGAUCAGUGGUAUCCAGAAUCCUGAUAGAGCAAAUUUGAGAACAAUGGCCUUGUCUAUGGGGGCAAAAUAUAAGGCUGAUUGGGACUCUACAUGUACCCACCUCAUUUGCGCUUUUCCCAAUACGCCGAAAUUCAAUCAAGUGAAGGGCAAGGGCAAAAUAGUCAAAAGGUCCUGGGUGGAGGACAGCCACGUGGGCAGGAAGAGGCUGCCUUGGAGGAGGUACGCCCUCGAUAGGGACGACCAGGGUUGCGAUGAGAGCGAAGGAGAAAUUUUGGAGAGGGUUGAUUCGGCAAGGGUCGAAACUAUUGAUAGGGAUGUCGAAUCUGAUGGUAUGGACAUGGAUGUCGAUGAACAUAAGGAUGAAGGUUCUGAUACUGAAGAAAAGGUAGCCAAACUUCUAGAAGAGCAAAAGCAGAAAAAUGGUAGCAAAGAAAUUGUUGGUUCGGAUUAUGAUAUUUAUGAGGCAGAUACUGAUGUAGAAGAUUUAUUUUGAAUAAAUGGUGUUCAAUUUU